AUGGGCAGCACUCAGGACAUGAGCCGGGGAAAGCCGGUCCUCUUCUUUGAUAUUGACAACUGUCUCUACCCACGGAGCGCAAAGGUUCAUGACAUAAUGGCUAAACUCAUUGACGAGUACUUCUCGAAGCAUCUUGAGAUUCCUUGGGAUGAAGCUGUGAAACUGCACAAAGAGUAUUACACGAACUAUGGCCUGGCCAUUGAAGGGCUUGUACGCCACCACCAAAUUGAUCCCUUGGACUACAACGCCAAAGUGGACGAUGCUCUGCCACUCGAAGGCAUUAUCAAGCCCAACCCUGAGCUACGCGAGCUUCUGGAUGAUAUCGACAAAGACAAGGUUACGGUGUGGCUUUUCACUAACGCCUAUGUGAACCACGGAAAGAGAGUGGUCAAGCUUUUGGGCAUUGAGGACAUCUUCGAUGGUCUCACUUAUUGCAACUACGCAGAGCAACCGUUGCUCUGCAAACCUGACCCCCGCAUGUAUGAAAAGGCAAUGCGCGAGGCAGGCAUCGAGCGAGUGGAGGAUUGCUUCUUUGUUGACGAUUCUGCAUUAAAUUGCACAAAGGCAAAGGAAUUCGGCUGGACAGCAGCCCAUCUUGUCGAAGAAGGAGUGCCUGCUCCUAAAACCCCUGCUUCGCAAUACCAGAUUCAGCACUUGGGAGAACUGCGCAACAUCUACCCGCAAUUCUUCAAAUCUACGUCGAACUAA